AUGGAUCAAUGCAUGAACUGUCUGGAAGAUAAAUAUCCAAAUGAAGACCGAGUUCAAUGUAUUCCCAAAGCUGUAUCCUUCCUAUUGUAUGAAGAAUAUCUGGGCAUCAUCCUGGUCUCCUUUGCCCUAUUCUUGUUCCUGACUUCAGGUUUUGUCUUAGUGAUAUUCUUUCAAUACCUAGAAACUCCCAUUGUCAAAGCUAACAAUCGUGACCUCUCUUUUAUCCUCCUGGUCUCCCUCUUGCUUUGCUUCUUGUCUCCUUUUCUCUUCAUUGGUCAACCAAGGAAAGUCACCUGUCUUUUCCAGCAGAUGGUUUUCAGCAUCACUUUCUCAGUUGCCAUUUCCUCUCUCUUGGCCAAGACAAUCACAGUGGCGCUGGCUUUCCUGGCCACAAAACCAGGAAACCGAGUGAAGAGAUGGUUGGGGAAGAGCUUAGCCAAUUCCAUCACCCUUUCUUGUUCUGCUGUCCAAAUUAUCCUCUGCUCCAUCUGGCUUGGAGCUUCUCCCCCAUUCCCUGACUUUGACUUUCACUCUCAACCUGGAGAGAUCAUCCUGCAAUGCAAUGAAGGCUCCAUUGUCAUGUUCUACAUCACCCUCAGCUACCUGGGCUUCCUGGCCACCAUCUGUUUCAUAGUGGCUUUCCUGGCCAGGAACCUGCCUGGGGCUUUUAAUGAAGCCAAGCUUAUAACCUUCAGCAUGCUG